AUGGAGUUCCUCGCUGAUAUUCCAUCAACACCCCGGAAGAACCCCAAGCGCAAGUUGACCUUCAAGUUCCCCAAGGACCGCCCGGAGGACCGCACGGAGCUGGAGCCCAUCAAGCGCCAGAAGCUGGUUAAGCAAGAAGCGACCUAUCCAACCAGUAAGCACACGCGUUUCGCUUUUACCGAACAGGGGCUGCCGGUUUACAAGAUCGGGUUCGACAAGUUCGCUCUGGUCCGCUGGCUGGGAGGAGAGACGAAGGUGAUCCUGGCCGAGUUCAAGGAGCAGCCUGAUGGGACGUUUAAACCGACGGAUGCCAACAAGUACAUCGCCAUGACGGUCAACAAUUUUUUUCGCCUGAGUGGUUUAAUCCUGACCGGGAAAGCUGACCUGGAUUCGAACACGUCAUCAUUCGACAAUGGUAAGCUGUCGCCGCAUUUCUGCUUGGACGACAACCUGUACUUUCGCUGGAGCCGCUACAACGGUAUGGAUCUGGCUACUGUGCGUCGCUUCAACCUGACGCCUAACAAGGACCUGUACCCGACCAAGAUGGGGAUUUCUUUUGGACGCAAGGCCUACGAAGGACUGAAGGAGCUCGUUGUGGAUUUUACCUUACUGAAGGAAAUCCGGGACAUCAAUGAAGCUCACGACAUUACUCCGGAUCCAAUGCCCGGGCUGGCUUCAGUCAGUUUGAAACAGGAACUGGCGGAGAUCAUGUUUCGGAAAAUUCGUGAGCACCGGGAAAGCACUAUUGGACGCACACCAAUGCGAGGAAUUGCCACCGAUGAAGAAUGGACUAUGGCCGAGAAAGACAUUUUGGAAAAGAAACAAGUGCAUGGUGUGCUGUUGAUGUUGAAUCAGGUUAAUUACGAACAGCUGCUGGCAUUAGAUUUGGAAGGUUACAUGACUCAGUUUCGCACCGAAGUGCGCGCUCAGCUGGAUAAAAUGAUGAUGUAA